UAUUGCUUAACCGCGUUGCAACGGUUUGCGCGCAUUCUCGACGAAGGAAUAUGUGACCACAUUCGCAGACUUCUAGGUGUUAACAUUUUUCAUCGCGUUCCUGUUGAUGUUGCUCGCGCUAGGCUUCAACUAUCGUCGUUAUCUAUCGGGCGAUGCGUUCUGGAAAUAAAUACGACUGUAAUGACGCGAACGUCCGUGGCGUUCACGUGAAAGACACCGGUGCAGAUCAUCCGGACAAUGAAAGCGGCACAGAGGAGAAUCAAAAGAAGCUCAAGUACCCGAAGUCGGUGUUCUUCAUCAUCAGCAACGAGUUCUGCGAGAGGUUCAGCUUCUAUGGAAUGCGAACCGUGUUGACGUUGUACUUGACACAGCAAUUGCAAUACCAUAAGAACACGGCCACAGCGAUUUACCAUGCUUUCACGAUGCUGGCGUACUUCUUCCCCCUGUUCGGGGCGAUACUCGCGGACUCGCUGCUCGGCAAGUUCCGCACGAUCUUCUACCUCAGCAUCAUCUACGCCAUAGGACAGAUCCUCCUAGCCCUGACUGCCGCACCUCCUAUAGGACUCCCUUCCAGAGAGUUCUCGAUAUUCGGUCUGGUGCUGAUUGCCCUGGGGACAGGCGGCAUAAAGCCUUGCGUGUCGGCGUUCGGCGGCGACCAGUUCAUCCUGCCUCAACAGGAACGAUAUCUGUCCACGUUCUUCUCCAUCUUCUACUUCUCCAUCAACUUCGGCUCGCUGAUCUCGAGCUUCCUCACGCCUGUGCUUCGCAGCAACGUCGAGUGCUUCGGCAACAGCACCUGCUACUCGCUGGCGUUCCUGGUACCGGCAGUCCUCAUGACCCUCUCGAUCGUGAUAUUCCUGCUCGGAAGACCCAUGUACAGGAUAAUAAAGCCUAAAGGAAACGUUAUCGUGCAAGUGACCAAAUGCAUCUCCCACGCGAUUUACGUGAAAACGACGUCAAAGUCGAAACGAGAACAUUGGCUGGAUCACGCCGACGACCGGUACGAGAAGUCGAUGAUAAGCGACGUGAAGGCAGCUCUGCAGGUGAUGAAGCUGUUCAUUCCUAUACCGAUCUUCUGGGCGUUGUUCGAUCAGCAGGGCUCGAGGUGGACGCUGCAGGCGUCGCAGAUGAACGGCGAGAUCGGUAGCUGGGUGCUAGAGCCGGACCAGAUGCAGGUGAUCAAUCCGCUGCUGGUCCUCGCGUUCAUCCCUCUGUUCGAGACCUGCCUGUACCCUCUUUUGGCGAAGGUCGGCCUUCGCACACCCUUGAAGAAGCUCACGAUAGGCGGCCUGCUUGCUGCUCUGUCCUUCGUCGUCUCGGCCGUCGUCGAAAUUCAACUUGAGCCAACGUAUCCGGUCUUGCCGUCGCAAGGUGUGGGCCAGGUGCGAAUCUUCAACACCCUCAACUGCCCCGUGGAUCUGACAAUACAGGGAUCUCCUCACCACCUCGACACAAUGAGCAUGUGGGUGGACAAGAACAUCACAGUGACGGGCAAGAAAGAAUUGUCGUACAGCGCAGACUUCUCGAAGUGCGGCGACAAGUUCGAUGCCCCCACUGCGAAGGGAAACAUCUUCGCGGUGGAGCAGAAUGCAACGUCUUGGGUGAUCACGCCUCAAGGUAUCUCCUACAGUUACUCAGACUCGGUGACUAAAUCGAAUUUGGGUUUGCCGCUUCUGCGGGUCGUCGGGUCAACGGACUCAAAAGUGACUGUGUAUAUCCGGAGAGAUGAGAAUCUUGCUCUGAACACAACCAUAACCAAUGAAACGAAAAGUGUCGAGAAAUUAAAGGAACUCAAGCCUGGGACAUACGGUGUUUGGAUAGACAACGACCAAGUGGUGAAAGAACUACCCUUGAAACUCGGCGGGGUUUACACUCUGCUCAGCCAUUCGUUCCCAGGUGACAGGGCAGUUAAGCUGAUAACCGUCACCGAGCCGAACUCGGUGCACAUGCUAUUGCUGAUACCUCAGUACUUGCUGCUGACUAUGGGAGAGGUGAUGUUCUCCGUGACCGGGUUAGAGUUCGCGUUCACACAGGCACCGUCCAGCAUGAAAUCCUUGCUGCAGGCCAGCUGGCAGAUGACGGUGGCCGUCGGUAAUCUUAUCGUCGUCAUCAUCGCUGAAGCGUCUUGGUUCGACAGACAGAUGUACGAGUUCCUCCUGUUCGCUGCGCUCAUGUUCAUCGACAUCAUCGUAUUCGCCGUGAUGGCGAGAUUCUACAAGUACGUCGAGGAACCUGAGGCGCAGUCCAUCGCGGAGGAGAUUCGCUUGGACGACAAAUACGGAACACUUAAUCCGACCUACAAGGACGACGAGAAGCAAAGUUAGCUGUCGAAGCGAGACGUGUAAAGUUGCAUGAUCUGUGAACUGUUGCGUGUUUGCUUCCAUGGGUUGUCACGGUCGUUCGAGGUGCAGUUGAAACAAAACUGGAGUUUCAACGAGCUUCGCACAUCCGAACGUCACUCGGAAGACUGCCUGAUCGAUUGGAGGUGUUCGCAAGAUCCCUUGGGGAUCCCUGUGAACAACUCGCGUCUUCGAUGUUCGACUUUACCCUGUUUCAAGGGUAGCAGAUACGAGGUUGAACGACAUGCUACAGAUUUUCUAUCGCGUUAUCAUUGAAAUUACAAGUUUUCAUUGAACUGAUUUUCAGAAAGAAUUCGCUGGUUCGGAUAUCGCGACUCGCCAGCGAAUUUUAUGCAUUAAUACCACAUAGGAUUCUCUAAAUUUUAUUUCAUGAGACUGUUACCUCUCUUGGAGCUUUCUCGAACCAUUAAUACUUAACACUGGACCAUCAAAUUUGUAAUAUUGUAAUAUUCCAUUAGGUAAUAUGUAACACGGUAUCUCUCGUGUUUCAAUUGUCUUAUCUUCGGUUCAGCUGUAGGUCAAAUAGAAUGGAAACAUGUAGUAACUAAUUAAAUACUCCGCGCCUCCAAUCUAAUCGCUCAGACGCGUCGAAUUUGUACAUAAAAAUUUGUAAUUGUAAGUGAUGAAAGUAUUUUUAUACGAAAAUGGAAACGCUGCCGAAUAAAGGGUGUUGGAAAAAACUAAGGCUCUGCAGUUCUGUAACGCUUCUCGGACUCCGAUACUUCGAUAUAUCGAGACGCGACAGACAGUUCGGGACGAGGGUUCUUUACAAAAUAAACAAUUUAUUUAGUAAAAUAAUAAUACAUUAUUUAUCAUUUAUAUAUAUAUUACACCAGUUUCGGAUUAAUGGAAGAACGAAAAUAACGGUGGUAACGUGUAUACAUUUACGGAACAUACCGCGAACAUGAAUCGCAAUGCUCUUCAUUGCGCCUAUGCUACAGCUCACGACACAUACAAUCAUGCUACAAAUCACUAUACAAUAGUCUAUUUGUACACAGAUUGUCCUUCCAUAGUGUCCCUUCUAUAAAAUUUAACGAAUUCAUUUAAUAGACGAUGCAGUGCUGUAAAGGCAUAGAAAGGCUAACGAUAAAUUCAUGCCGCUGACCCGUAUCAACCUUUCGCUCGCUACCCCUAGCAAAGAGUCUCGUAUAAUUCAGGACAAUGAAUAAUAAAUAAUAAAUAAUAAAGAUUCUUAUCUCUUCGCCGUGCAUGAAAUAACAAUUCUGUACACUGAACGAAAACUGUACAAAGCGUGUAAGAAAAUGUUCAUCGUUUCCAAUGUUUCGAAGAGGAAAAAGAUUGACAAGGGGUUAACACCUAGAACGACCAGACAUUUUUAUUUUCCAAGUGUCGAGACGUUUCGCGUAUCGAAAUCGCGAAGAUACUUUUCAGGGAAAUUGUCAAAUAAAUUCGCGUGUACAGAUAUAAAAUGAAGAAACGUUUCGAAUAUCGAUAAAUCUGUUAUUUUGAUUUGUAUACGAAAUGAUAGAUAAGUCAAUCUAAUUGAUCGGUAGCGUACCGAUGUCAAAGGUGAACAACUUUCGAAACAAUGAACUGCCAGGGGUAGCACGAUUGAUUCUCCAAACAGACAAGUCAUUGGAAGUUACGUUUCGUUUUGUAGUAUCCGACAGAUUACUGGAAAAGUGUAAGUAGUGUAAUCCUUGCUCUGGAUA